AUGCGGCAUGGCGUGGCCAAAACAGUGAGCCAGCGGCGAUCGAUUGGAAAUAUAGUCCCCCGCAUAACGCAAAUCCCAGAUAUAAAAAUGUGUGCACACUUGAGCGGUGGAGCGUCAUCGGUGGUGCAGUGGAUGUUACUGAUUGCGGUGCUAUCCGCACCACCGGCCAGUGAAAGUGCCAAGCUCCCGGCCCGACAGUAUCCCGCUGGAGUGGAUUUCUUUGAGCACGAGUUUACCAGCCUGUCGGCAGAUGAGUACGAUCCCUAUGGCCCGGAUAUAGGGGACGACGAUCUGGGAAUCGAUGAUCCGGAGACCAUGCCGCGCCUCUUCCAAGGAGACAUCGCCGUUGAUCCUUACACCUACAUCACGCUUCGCUUGGGAGUUAAUCCCAUGCGACACCCCAAGCGCCUUUGGCCCAAUGGCACCAUUCCGUUCGAGAUCAGCCCGCGGUAUGUGAAUCAGGAAAGGCAGGCCAUAGUGCAGGCCGUGAAGACAUUCAACUCGCUGACCUGCGUGCAAUUUGUGCCAUACGAUGGGGAAGUGGAGGAUUACCUGCUGAUUGAGCCGCCCGAAGAAGGACCCCAGGGCUGUUGGUCCUACGUGGGUCGCAGGGGUGGGGAGCAAGUUGUGUCCCUGCAGAGGCCCGACGAGAACAGUGCCCAUUGCUUCAGCAGCGAGGGAAGGAUAAUGCACGAACUGAUGCAUGCCAUUGGCAUAUAUCACGAACAAUCUCGGGCCGAUCGGGACAAUUUUGUGAAGAUACACUGGGACAAUAUCGUGCCGCGAUUCCGAAAGAACUUCAAGCUGGUCUCGAAAAAGAAGGGGAAAUACGCCUUCGACUACGAUUACAACUCCGUUAUGCACUACGGGGAGUUUUACUUCAGCAAGCGAAAGGGGGAGAAGCCCACGAUGACCCCCUUGCAGCCUGGCGUCCGGAUCGGCCAGCGAAAGACCAUCAGCAAGAUCGAUUGUCUGAAAAUCAACGAGCUGUAUGGAUGUCUAAAGGGUCGCAGGGCCAAGAUGUACCGCAGUUUUUGUCACCUUUUGGGGCUUUAA